CAGUGGUUUUGAAACUGAAUUUGUGUAUUGAAAUGUAUUUAUGAAUGCCUGUAAUGAACUAAAUGUGAAUUUAAUGCACAAUAGUGUUAUUGAUUUUAAUUAACGUAGCUUAGGUGAUCAUUGUUUAAUUAUUCUGUAUUGGAAAUUAAUGAUUUGCACCCGAAAAUGGGAAAAACGAAAAGUACAAAAUAUUACAGAAAACAGACAAGGACAAGAGAGGCAAAAAGACAAAUGGAUGAGAAUGAUGUUCUGGUCAACAUGUCAGAGGACAUAAAGAAAUGUUGGAUGAAUGUUAGCGAUAUAUCAAACAUACAAGACAAAUGGAGGCGAGUCGAAGAAUCAACAAUAACAACUGCCAUCAGAAUAUGUAUGAAGUUAAAAGGGAAACAGUGUUAUCUUACAAAACUUGAACAAGAAGAUGCCUUCAAGUUUGGACUUGUCUAUGACGAGUUUUCUAGAUUGUUGUAUACGAUCCGACUGGCCUAUGGUGAAAUAGAAUCAGAAAUAUUUAGCGACGAAGAAUUAUCGCAAAGAUUUUAUGAAAAAGAUAUAGCAGCCCUAUUGGAGCUUUGGGGUAGUUGUUCCCUAAUUUCUGCAGAUUUGAUGGUGGCCUUAUUGAUAGAUAACUGGAACUCUACAGAUGACCAUGAUGAUCUGGCUAAAUCACUGACAGUGUGUUCUACAUCCUGUGUUAAACAAGUUGUCCUCAGUUGUGAUCUGGUUCAACAUCCUAUUCCAGACAACAUUAAAGACAGUACAAAGAGUACAGUAUUUACAGUGAUCGAACAUCUAACAAGUUCCUGCGAUUCAUUGAUAAAAAUUGUGAAGUGUGCUUCCUGUAUGGAAGAAGAUCAUCCCGCAGAGGAUGCCAUUUUAAACAUGGUCACAUGGUCUUUGUAUGGACUCAAUUACAUCUCAGUUAAUGUACUGAAGCCAGUUCUUGUUGGAAAUUCUGAGGACGUGGAAGAUGAUCUGAAGAAAUAUUCAAAAUCAUUGGAAUCCCUGUUUCCUUUACUACGACAACUACUGAAACAGCAUAAACUGGAACCUAAUGAUGACAAUGAAAAAAAACAAGAAGAUGUAAGUGAGACUCAGAAUAAAGAGGAUAACGAUAAUAAAAGCAAACAAACAAGCAAAAACAAAGACAAGAACAAAGCUAAAGAGGAUCCGAUUGAUGACAAGACCGACGGAGAAAAAGUUGAAUCAAGCCAACCAUCUAUAGAGGAUCUUCUAAAAACACUAGAAAAAGAGUAUGAGAUUUUUACCAAAGAAUUUCUUGGAAGUGGAAAAGUGAGCAUUUGUCAGGAAGACCCAAAUGGAAGUGAUGUCUCACUUUUCUACAGACCAGAACAAUAUAGGGAAAUCGCGGACUGUACUGUAGGAUCAUGUGAUAUGAAGGAUCGAAAUGAUUGGAUAAAAGAUCUCCCACUAACGGAAGAUCAGACUCUUGUUUCUGAUAUUUAUAUUGUUCGUAACGGACCACUUAAAACAAGCAGCGAUGUCGAAAUAGAUUUUAUUGUUCUUCCUGUUGCUAAUUCUGCAGAGAGACAAAUUAAGGUUAAGGUCAACAAUGGUGGUAGUUGGAACGACAUGGAAAAUGUCCAACAGGAAGUUUCAGAAGCUAAGACUCAUUUAUCAUUCAAAGCAUCUAGUAUGGACGCAUUUAUAGCUUACAUCGACAAUCCAUCAGAGUUACAUGAAAUUCUUCCUCAGGGAUCCACAUAUACUAAUGCAGAUAAUGAGGAAAUCCAGGUCAAAUUUCUUCCAGACAUAGUAGAUUCGCCCGUUAAAGCGCAUAUUAAAGUAGUUCAACAUGAUUCAAAGGAAGUAGCAUCUUACAGAGAGAAAUGUUUUGAUUCUAUAAUGGGUAUAAUCUGUUUAUCUGACGCCGUUGAAAUCAGAACCGAAGAAGAAGUAGAAGUGAAAAAGAAUAUGGUAGUCACUGUUCGUAUGGAAGAUAACCCUCACACCGAGAAAGACAGCCAGCUAGUUGUUAUUCGAUACAACGACACACAAGUACAAGUCCUGGAUAAAUCACAAUGUCGUAUUACAAAAGAUGGAACGAACUUUAAAGUAGAAUGUAAAGGACUUUGGAGUAUUGCAGUAGCCAGGGUAAAGAAAAUAUUUCUAAACAUGAGAGACUCUGUAAAAAAAGAAUUCUUAGUUAUGUCUGGAAAAGUGCAAAUGUGUAAUCUAAUGACAUACAUCGACGAUUCGUCACGUGAUAUGCCAAAGGGCGGUGCAAUGUUUUGGUUGGACUUCGUAGAAAAGAAUAUGCUGAAAGAAGAUAUUGAAAUGAAAUCACAACUGGGAUUUAUAGAAGUAAAGAACAGCAGAUCCAAAGAUUUGGCUGUAAAACAAAAUCAGACAUUUGACCUUGCAAUUGAAGGUCAAAUAAAAUUGACACUUUCUAAUGGAAACGGUCAAAAUUUUAAAAUGACAUAUUUAAAAGGUGCUGAUAACCAUGUGACCAUUCCAAUUGAAGUCAAGCGUGACCAAGAAAAGGAGCCCUUUGCUACUUUCAAACUGAGCGAAGACGGAUCGGAUACACCAAUACAUGUUGUUGCAAUACCAGUAAGAGAUCUAUCUGAAUUGGCUUCUGAUGAUAUUGCAUCAAGACCACAAAUAAAACUAAAUGAAAACAACAAUGCAAGGGAUGAAUUGAAACUAAAGGAAGAGGCGGCCAAAUGUGUUCUUGCACACAACAGUCUGAUGGAGCUUUCGAGAGAGCUUUCCGAACGUGACGUCAGAAAAUUAUCUCAUCAGCUAGGUGUCAGUGAGGAUUUGAUAGACAAGUUCAAAGAUCAAAUGGACGGAGAUAUCGUAAGAACAAACUUUCAGACACUUUGUGAAUGGCGCGGGAAAACAGGACGUGCAACUAUGGUAGAUUUCCUGAUAUCGUCACUGCGCACGUGUGGCAGAAGUGAUUGUGCAAACAUAAUAGGUCAAGUGAGAAGCAGGCAAAGAGGCCUGACAAGAGAAGACUUCAACCGUUAAUACCAUUGGUACACAUUUUGCAUUUGAUAUAGGCAUUUUGCUUAAAGUUAUGUAUUUUGGUGUUUUUUUUUGCACAAAUAUAGUUAAUGAAGCAAUUGUUAUAUCGUAAGUUCGUGGAAUACAUCGCCAUAUUUUCAAUAAAUGACUUUGUUAAACAAGA